AUGGCGUCGCCCUCAGCUCAGAACUUGGCUUGGACGUCCAAAAGCGCCCAGUUCAACGGGCCCGUCCCGCCUCCCCGCACCCACCCAGUGGGCGCGGCGCUUGUCGCCUCGGUGUCCAGGAUCGUGGAGCUCGUGGCGCCGGUCUCCAGAGGGCGCAGCGCCGAGGCCGCCUUCGCGAGACAGCGACUCGUCGGCAUGCCGACCUCGAGAGACAGGACUGUUGCCACCACGCCUUCAGUUGGCGGCACCGGCGGGUCCGCCAGCUGCCUGCCUGGCGCGCUCCCGGAGGGCGGCGGGGGCGGCACGAUUACGUCCGGCAUAGCGGUGUCGUCGGCGUCCCUCUCCAUGACCGGGUUCUCAUCGCCGACUUCCCCAGUCUGCGCCAUGAACUCCGGUGGUGGCGGCACAGAGCUCAAGGGGACGACGAACACCACCGACUGGCGGUGUGCGGCUUCUUCAGCGCACUUCUUCUCCGCGUCGGUGGCCUCGGCUUCCGCCAGCUUCUUCAGGGCGGCGGCCUCCGCCUUACCCUCAUCUCACGGUCUCACCCACCCACCGCGAGCUACCCCUCAAAAAAAAACCCCACCGCACACCACUCCUCUUUCUACCCGCGCAGCGAACCCUAGCGCUCUCACCCUCUUCCUCCCUUUGGAUCCACCGCCGCCGCACACAACUCCUCCUUCUGGAUCCACCGCCGCCGCCCCCAACCCCACUCCCUCCCUCUGGAUCUCGACACGCCGCCGCCCCCUCACACUCUCACCGCCGUGGGCUGGAGGUGCCGCACUGGAUCCGGUCCAGGGCACCACCACUAGCUGGCGUCGUGGGCGGGGUGUGGCGCCCGACCAAGUGUGCCCCCUGCUCCCCGUGCCCGACCGCUCGCUCCGCCUCAACCUCGUCGUCUCCAAGGACCUGCGCAGCCGCCUCCAGGAUCACGUCUUCGCGCUCAAGGAGGACUCCACGCUGCCGCCCGUCACAUCGACCUCAUCAGGAUCUCUCCCGUCCCCUCCUCCCCUCGCAGCGGCCGCCCUGCUCGCGUUGUUCCAGCAGUGGGGUCUCCGGUGCAGCCCGACGGUGAACCCGGGGCACCUGUGCGGGACGCGGGACUGGAUAGAGUCCUUCGCGCAGAAUGCGUCCGUCGGCUGCAGUUGCGACCGCUGGCCCGUGUGCCGCAUCACGCACCUGAACAUCACUGGAUUCUGGAAUCUGACUGAGAUCCCGCCGGAGCUCUUCAACUCGACGGAGCUGGUCUCUCUGUACAAGGGGAAUUCGCUGGCCCAGAUGAGGAGCCAAAGCAACACCAAGUCACAGUUUCACACGCCGCUUCUAAGGGGAGAUAUGCAAGGUUUAAAGAGAAUUUGAAUGCCAAGCCACUGGAGACGAAGCAAAACCACCAUCAAGUUGCUGUCUCAUGCGCCACUUCAAAAGGGAGCAAUGUCGCUUGAUGAGUUGAUGUCGUUCAUGAUGUGAUGUUCUUAAUGUAGAUCAAGGUGCCUACAUCAUGGAGACAAACAUAGAUCUGAAUCGUCAGGAGUGGUCAAGGUCUGCAGGUGUAUUUCCUCGUAUCUCCCCCUGAUAGAAUCAUGGGUUUGAGAUGAGGAGGAUGUGGACCUCUUUAGGCAGGGUCUGAGAGAGUCUUAAGAUGUACUCAAGUUCAAAAACCACGACACUUAUUCUGGAGCGGAGGGAGUAGUGUCUUGUUUAGCUUCCAGGUUCUGCUAAGGGGAUUAAAGGGUGAGGAGAAUGUAGACAACCAAGAUAAUUAUGAGGAGGAAUGGAUGGGCCAUGAUCCUGCGGUUACCUAGCUAUAGUCGAGGAAAGACGAGUAGCAAGUUAAGGAUGCAAGAGCAUGGAUGAUGGAUCCAAGGAUCUGCAUCUUGCAUACCAUAUUCUCAUGGGUGGAUGCAGCAAGGGGCUGGGCAAGCGCGGUGCACAGUGGAUGGAGGUCAUCUCGUGGGAGCCCAGGGCGUUUGUCUACCACAACUUCCUGGUAAUCACUGCUGCUGCCCACUCCGCCUUCCCUUUAACACCCAUAAUCACUGUUGCUACCGCCAUGGUUCAUUCGGUCCUGCACCUGCUCACGCAUGCACAUUGUCUUGUGUUUGUGGGAAGCUGGUUUUGUUAGGUAGUCCAUCGAUGAUGUAUGGGUUUCUGUUUGUAAUCUGCGCUGAUGCCCACUCUGAAAGUUUGGUGACAAAAUAAUGCAUCUUGAAUCCUGGGAAGACUACUAAUAAUCUGUCAUUGGAAGAUAUGCUACAGCAAUGCAGCAAUUUGAAUUGAUAUUCACAUUGAAUUAAUGACUUGUCUUGUUGUAUGCAAUUGAAACAUACCCAUAUAAAAGAAGUCUGUUCCAUGCAACAUUUUUACUGUUUUACUCAACUUGUUUUUGUAGUUACUUGAUACAUAUUACCUCCGUCCCAUAAUAAACCAUCAAAUGUACUCCUGGGAGGGAUAAACAUCUUUUUUUAGAACAUGGGUUGAAGCAGACUGUACUCGCCUACUGAGAAUAUGAAAACAAGAUAUUUUGUUUGCUAAUAUGAAGAUAGCAUUGUGUUUAAUCUAGUACUGAUGAUUGUUUCAUUCUCAUAUAAAUUUGUUAAUGAUGGUGAUUUUGUACUAGCAUAUAAACUUGUUUUUGUUGUCACUUGAUACAUACUUAGCUUGUACUUGAAGUUGUGGGUUAAUGCUUGUAAUUUUGUUCUACUUGUAUGCAUUGGUACCCCCAUCAUCGAGCGCGCACGGAUGCAAUAGUGGCAAGAAGAUCAUGGUCGUGUGCAUCAUUAAGCACACCAUGGCGAGCAUCGACCUCCUCACAGUGGCAAGAAGAGCAUGUGCCUAGUUUGUAAUCGCUGUCGAAGGAGCUCCAUGCUGAAGAACAUAACACUUGUAGAGCUUGUAAAGUACCAUGUUAUUGAACUUGUGGAGCAUGUAACUGUGACUUUCACUAUUGUAUGUUAGAGUUAUUUGUACAGCAGCAACUCUGUAUUGAUUGGUAAUAUUUGUACAGCAGCAACACUGGCUGGUAAUAUUUGAAGUAUUUUGUGUGUUUUU